UUUUGGAAACAACGUUCCAAUUUUCACGUUUUUACAGAAAAGGUGCCGAGUGUUUUCCCGCAAAAUGAUCCCCCAUACCCGCAGGCAACUGGUCCAGCAACUUUCGUGCCCCUCGUUCGGACUGGCCACCUCGUGGAUCAUCUCGCGCAAGGCGGUUCCGGCCGAUUCGCUCGGCGAAGCGCUUUCCUUGCUCAAACGAGAAGUUUGGCCAUUCCCGAAGACUUUGUCCCGUAAGGAUUUAACGGUGGCCAAGGCGAAACGAGAACAGGCCAAUGAGACCUACCGGAAGACGCCGUCGGAGCUGGGCAAGAUAUUGGAACUGUACAAUGAGGCCAUCUGCUGGGCGCCGGAAGGUUCGGAAGAACUUGCAAUGGGGUACGGGAACCGAUCAGCGAUCUUCUUCAACGGAAAGCAGUACCGGCGAUGUUUGGCCAACAUUGAGCUGGCCAAGGGUAGUAACUAUCCGGAGGGUAAGCUGGACAAGCUGUUGGAACGCGAGAAGAAGUGCCUGAAUCUUUUGGAGAAAGAACCAAAGUUGAACGAUGUAGAGGACAAGUUGUUCCUGGAGGUCACCGAGACUUCCCAUUCGGGUCGUGGACUUACAGCAAAGAUGGACUUCCUCGUGGGAGAAAUCGUCCUGCACGAAAAACCCUCACUGGUGGUCAUCGAACCGGAAGUGACCUUCACCAGAUGCAACCAUUGUGGCCGUCGGAACGAGUACGACCUGAUUCCGUGCAAGACCUGCUCCUCCGCCAUGUACUGCUCCGAACAGUGCAGAAAAGAGGCCUUCACCAAGUACCACCGUUUCGAGUGUGAAAUCGUCGAAGAUCUGAAGAAUUUGUUCAAAGGACCCAAAACAACUCGAAUGUUCCAGCUCACGCUGCGACUCUUCUGGAUGGUUGUCGCGGACUUGAUCGCAGAUCGUGAUCAGUUCCUCAAGCGUUACGCGGAUCUGUCCGCGUAUCGAAACCCACUACAAGGUGACAAAUCAACUCUCCACCUUCACGUCCUGGCCGACAACCUUCCAGACAUGUCCGCGGACCAAACUGGCAAAGGUGUGACCCAGUUCCUAACCGCUUUAACGUACAAGCUAGCGUUGGAAGAGAACGACUCCGUCCCGAGAGAACUCAUCAACGAGCAUCAGGACCUGCUGCUGGAAGUUAUGUUUCGAUUGGCCCUGCAGGCGCGUCUCGUUUGUGACCAGAGUCCCGCGGACAUCAGCUGCCUGUUCCCGUUGUUCCGGAUGGUGAACCAUUCGUGUGCGCCGAACGCGGAGCGGGUUUUGAACGGCGAGAGGUCGAUGCUGGUGGCGAAGCGGCCGAUUAGGGCGGGCGAGCAGGUGCUGGUGUGCUAUUUCCCCAACGGCACCACGGACUCCGUUCCCAAGGACAAACGUCGCGCCCAGCUGCAGCGCGAGUUCAAGUUCGACUGCCAGUGUCUGGGCUGUUCGCUGGACUAUCCGCUGCUAAACGCGAUGGACGACCACCCGGAACUGCGCACCGAACUCGAGCAGAUCCAGUCGGAGGCGGACUCCGGCAAGCGGCUGCGACUGCUGGCAAAUUUCCUGCAACGCCACGACGACCAACACCCGCGGAAGGAACUGUCUGAAGCUUGGCGAUUGUUUCGCGACAUUAAGAUUUAGGGUAUUUGUUUUUGGAUUGUUUUUAGAGAAGGAGGGUGUAAACAUCGACCUUGUUGUUGUUCUACGAAACUCUCACUUCAAACCUUACUCACAAAAAUUGAUUAUGUUUUCUUCUAUCUGUUUUUUUUUACACAAUCAAUACUAAAAUUAGUAAUAAAAAAAACUUAAAAAGUAGCUUAAUUAUAGAACGCGAAAAAUGCGUGGUGCUGUUCUCAGUUGCGUGUCCGAAAACGAAAAUAAUCGAAGAUUGCUCCUGACGACGUC